GUACUAACUCCAUUAAAUAACAUUUGUUCUUAUCUUAAAGAGAAAAGGGAGAAUAUCCCCUCAUUGACUCUGAUACAUUUUGAACCCUUGCAUUAAAUAAAAUAAUAAUACAGAUAUACGUACAACCAUCCAAAUAAAAGGUCCAAUUCAGGUACAUUUGCCCAUUUUCAUUUCUUUCUUUUCAUCAAUCAGAGGGAAACCAAGUUGUUCUGAUGGAUUCUUCUGGAAUUAGCUCCAUCAUCUUUCUACUUGCCAUUGUUAUUCUCCAGCUUUUCUAAUUUUGUGCAGAGUUUCUGGGCAGCAAGUGCCAGAGAGAUGAAAAACAUGCAUCACCAUCAUUCAUCUUCAGAAUCUAAGCCAGAUCUGAACGACCCAGAAUUGCAAAUUUUCUUCAGAGUUGAUGAUCUCAAAUUAGGAGGAAAAUUGCCCAUCUAUUUCCCAAUCAAGGAUUUAUCUUCCGCCCCACCUCUUCUUUCCAGGGAAGAAGCAGAUUCAAUCCCUUUUUCAUCUGCCCAUCUUCCCAAACUUCUGGAACGAUUCUCCAUUUCGGAUGGAUCCCCACAGGCAAAAGCCAUGGAAACUACACUUAAUCACUGUGAAUUUGAGCCCAUGAAAGGAGAAUCCAAGUUCUGCGCAACUUCUCUGGAAUCUCUCCUGGAUUCGACCCGUUCCGUAUUCGGAUCAAAAAGCGAAUUCAAAGUCGCAACCACAAUUCACCUCAACAAGAAUUCAACUUCUCUGUUGCAAAAUUACACAAUUGUGGAGAACCCAAUUGAGAUUCCGGCUCCAAGAAUCGUGGGUUGUCAUCCUCUGCCUUAUCCGUACUCUGUUUUUUACUGCCAUAGCCAGGAGAGUGAUAAUAAGCUGUUCAAGGUUUCUUUAAUGGGUGAAAAUGGAUGGAGGGUUGAAGCUCUGGGGAUUUGUCACAUGGAUACUUCGCAAUGGGAUUCUGAUCAUGUAGCUUUCCUUGUGCUGAAUACUCAGCCUGGAAAAUCGCCUGUUUGUCAUUUCUUCCCUGCUGAUAAUCUUGUCUGGUUUCCCUCACAAUAUGAAACCAUGUAAAUUGGUUUUGAAAAUUUCGUGCUUUGGAUUAGUGAUAAGUAAAUUUAACAAUCCUUUUUAGUCUUUAGAUAUUUAUGGCAGCAGUAAUACAGUGGAAUUUCUUCACCAUUUGUAGUCAUGCAAUUUAAUUUGUCACAAGUUGGACUUUCAUUUUUAAUAGAAAAAAAUGAUAAAAACACUGACAAAUUAUACUCAAAUGGGGUAGUGACUCAUGAAAAAACAAAUACAUCAUUCUCCAUUAAAUAAGUGUACUUAUUAAUUAAGGGGUAAAAUUGUAAACUUUUUAGAG